GCUGUGGUGUAUCACAAGAAGACGCUUCUCCAAGAUGACACGGCUUACGACGAAGUCCUGAAGCCAAUGCUGCUGGAGAUCGAAGAUACGCCGGGUUCCGAGAGGGGCUUCGACGAAGAGGACGACGGGAACCCGUCCUCCUCGAAGCAGAAGAAAGAAGUCAGCCCAAAGAUCAUGAAGGGAUCCCGCGUAGUGGUGCUCAAAGACAAGCAAGAGUUGAUGCAGCUCUUCGAUAAGUUCGGGAUGCAGUCGAAAGGAGUCGUCUACAAGCGUGGGAUGGAGAACAUGCUGGGAAAGGAGUUUAACGUGAGAUCCAUUGGCAAAGACGGUGGCAUCUACCUGCCCUCGCCAGAUGGCAGUGAGGGCGGCGUGUGGACAUUUCCCCCGGGCGCCGCGAAACUGAAGGUCUCCCUCACAUUGCCCAUCGACGAGUUCCUGCAGCUUGGGGAAAAGAAGGAUAAGGUCCACACAACUCAGAAGGAGAAACGCGAACACGUCGUGGCUUUGCAGCGACCUUUGAGUGCCUACGAGCGGCCGGUGGGUGCUCCGGAUGUGGACAAGACCCUGACCCGAAAUCGGAUGGGCUACUUCAUCUGUUUCGAUGUGUCGGAUGACAGCCUGGCUUCGCUGCGGGAGGCCAUGGCUGUUCACAAGAUGCUCUCAGAUUCCUUAGAAAAGGAGGGUAUCAAUUUGCUUCGAAAGCGAACACGCGAGAUGAAAUGGAGCUAUGUGUUGGAAGACUUAGAUCUGGCUAUGACCCCGUCCAAUGCGGCGGCUCGGUUAGCACAAUAG